AUGUUUAUUUUUGCAGCAUUUUCUUCAAGUUCUAUAGUUACAUAUACUUCAUCAGUUCAGCUUAAAGGAAUAUAUACAAAGAAUCGACUUGGAGUUGUCAUUCAAAAAAAUAUGUACAAUAAUGAACCUCCUCUAGUUUAUACAUCAAGACCACCAUAUGAUCACGGCUGGUUCUGGACAGUUGAGCCAGAUGAAGAAAAUGUCAGUCUUGCUCGCAAUCCAGUUCCAUGCGGAGCUACUAUUGUUCUUUCUUCACCUUCAACAGAAUUAUACUUAUCAACAAAAGUCAAAUCAGGCGUAUCAAUUGCAUCGGCUGUUACUCAUAAAACAGAACCAGCAGACCAAUGGAUUUUAGAGUGUAAAAAUAACGCAACUGUUUGGAAUGAAGGAGAAGAAGUCUUAUUCCAGAAUGUAAAAUACAAAUGCUACUUAUCCUCAAAUUUGGCAGAUAAAAUCCCAGAGCAAACAAAUAAAUUCGCAGUUAGAUGCACACCUCUCUCUUCAGAUGCUGUUUGGAAGGUUUCUGAAGGAAUAUUCUUCCCAAAGGAAACUCCUUUUGUUGAAAAACCUAAGAGAAAUGAUGAUGAUUACGAUUAUGACGAUGAUGAAUUAUAA